UAUUUUACUUCACAUGGUCCUUUUAACAAAUGAACACACUUGCAGCCUGACAAAAGAAGCAACAUCUGCAAUUACAGUAACAUCCAUCUUUUGACAGGCAACGCGUAUUUUUUCGGAGCUGCUUUAAAGACAGACGGCUGGUCGGGAGUCUGAACUACUGGCACGCAUUACCGACCUGAGGAGACCCUCCGGGGCGCAAAAAAAUACUAGAGCUCCAUUAAAAUGAUGCAUCAGAGAUGCCGAGAGUAGAUCACAAAGACGUCGUAAUGCAUUUAUCACGGCCGUAAAGGCGGAUGGAUUCAGCGGCGGAAAGAAAACUGUCUCCGGGGAUGUCCCAGGGUGGUUUCCUUCAUCCAGGCAGUGAAGACAAGAGUCUGUCAAAUCCUCAGCUGGAGUCCAGCAAAGAGUCCCUGUGGUCUGGUCUUGCUCCCAGCAUGGCAGGGCUGCAGCAGAAAGGGAAAAAAACCCACAAAGGAAUAUUCUGUUCCGAAGAAAGACGAUCAAGCGUCUGUGGACUGGGAUGGACAAAUUCCCCACAAAUCUGCCGAUGAAUGGAGAGGAGAGGAAAGAAGAGGAGAGGAGAUUAGAGGGGAGGAGAAGGAGAGGAGAGGAGAGGAGAGGCCAGCUAUUGAUGAGUUUUUCUCUCCCACGGCCCUCCACCAUGUAGCCCAUGGCCGUCUGGACACCCGCCACGUGUGAACAAGCUUUCAGCUCACAUCUUCUCUACUUCUACCUAUAAUUGGCCAUAUGUGUCACUAGCACCCUACUGUGCUGCCACUGCUGCUGCUGGAGGGAAUGAAAGGGAGAUCACAGCGAUGACAAGGUGAUUGUUGGAUGGCUCUUGCUUUGACAUGUCAGCGGACACGCCUGUGCUUGUGUUGGAACAAGCACUGUAGAGGUGUAAUCACACAAGGGAGACUCUCUCCUCUCUGCAGGACCCAAGAAAAAGAACUCCGCGCUGCUGUUUGGCACAACGAGGACAUUUCACUCUAAAAGUCAAGAUGCCAGAAACAGCAGAGGCUGUGUCAGCCACUCUCACUACCAACAGAAACUGCACCAUUGAAAUAACCAAUGUCAGCUCUAGUUACUGCCUCAUCAACCCAAAGGUUUACAUGUCAAGUGGCUUCUGUCACCAUCCACCUCAGCCCACGGUUCGCACCACCAAGACUGAAGUGUGCUCCUUCACCAAGGAUGGCAACACUGCCACAGGCGCCGUCGGCCUGCUGACCUAUGACCUGUUCCACAUGCAGAGCCGGGUUUGUUCUGACCGCAUGACCAUCAUGUUCUCUGUGCCCUAUGACCACAACAUUUACAGAAAUAAGCUGGCUGUAGGUGUGGUUGAGACUUCCCGUGCCUGCGAUAAACAUCUGUACGACCAGCUGUAUGACGGAAAAGAUCUCAGCAACUUCGUCCGCUCUGAGACGAGUGGUACUGGGCUGCAAUAUCAAGCGACGUAUGUUGAUUUGAGGGCCACGAUGUCUUCAGUUGGCAAAGCCAUUGUUAAAGUGGAGCUCUAUGAUAAAAUGGGUCGUUAGUGUGCAGUCUGCUAAUGUUCUGCUCCUCUGUACUUUGUUGUUUUUGUACCCGCACAAUGAAUAAACUUCAUUUGAUCUGACAACUGUUGUCAUCCUGAAAAACACUGCAGAGAGGAAGACUGAUUUUGCUGUCAUCUGUAUUUUGUGUCUGCUGAAAGAUAUCAAUAUCUGACAGCCAGCUCAUUGAUUCCCCAUUAGCUUAUUUCUUGGGCUCAUGUACGUUGUGCACUCCCUUUUUCUUUGAUUAUGGUAAUAAAACAUUCAGACCCAA